AUGACCGUGAACGUCCCAACCAAGACGCUGUCGAGUGGAGCCAAGAUUCCGAUGGUCGGAUUGGGAGUGUACUUAGCCAAACCCGGUGGCGAGACGUACAUCGCCGUGCUGUCGGCAUUGAAACUAGGCUAUCGACACAUUGAUACUGCCCAGUACUACGAGAACGAAGCCGACGUCGGUCGUGCCAUCCGAGACUCGGGUAUUCCUCGUGAAGAGGUGUUCGUGACGUCUAAGCUUUACAUUGACAACUGGGGCCAUAAACGAGCUCUGGCUGCCACGAAGGAGAGUAACGAGAAGCUCGGUCUGGGCUACAUCGACCUCUUCCUGCUGCAUGCACCUGGGGAUUCCUCGCUGCGUGAUGAGACGUGGCGUGCCCUUGAAGAGCUGCAAGAACAAGGAAUUUUGAAGGACAUUGGCGUCUCCAACUUCAGCGAGGCGCACCUGGAGAAGUUCUUGAAGACUGUGAAGGUCAAACCUUCUUUGAACCAAGUGGAACUCCAUCCGUGGAUGAUGCGUCCGUCGCUGGUGAAGUACUGCAAAGAGCAUGAUAUUCUGCUCCAAGCGUACUCGCCGUUGGCCAGAGCUCGCAAGAUGGACAACCCGACGCUGCGUGAGAUCGCGAACGACGUUGGUGCCAGUCCAGCUCAAGUGUUGGUGGCUUUCAGCUUGGCCAAUGAUUUCAUCACGCUGCCCAAAUCUGUGGACGCUAGACGACAGAAACCCAACCUUGAUGGUGUGAACGUCAAGCUCACUUCUGAGCAAGUUGAGAAACUUGCAGCUCUUGACGAAAACCACUCUCCGUCUAGCUUCGACUCUAGGCGUCUUGCUCAGAGAUCAUCUUUGAUCUCACAUCCCUACAUUUUUACCACCGCGAAAAAGCUUCCCAGUGGAGCUGAAAUCCCGGUCGUCGGAUUGGGAGUGUACCAGUCGGAGCCUGGCCCCGAGACUUACAACGCUGUGCUUUCGGCGCUCAGGUUGGGCUACCGUCACAUCGACACUGCCCAGUACUACGAUAACGAGGCUGACGUAGGUCGUGCCAUCAAGGACUCUGGCAUUCCACGAGAGGAAAUUUUCGUGACAAGCAAGCUUUCGAUUUUCAACUGGGGGUACGAGAAGGCAAUCGCGACGACGAAAGCUAGCAAUGAGAAGCUCGGACUCGGAUACAUUGAUCUAUACCUGCUUCAUGCUCCAGGUGACGCUGCUACACGCAAUGAAAGUUGGCGUGCGCUUGAAGAACUGCAUGAACAGGGGAUUCUGAAGGAUAUCGGUGUGUCCAACUUUGGUGAAGCUCAUCUCGAGAAGUUGUUGAACACUGUCAAGGUGAAACCCGCGGUGAACCAGGUGGAACUGCACCCGUGGCUUAUGCGUCCGACGCUGGUGAGGUAUUGCCAGGAGCACGACAUUCUGCUUGAGGCGUACUCGCCGUUGGCAAGGGCUCAGAAAAUGGAGAAUCCCACACUUGUUGAGAUCUCGAAGGAGGCGGGUGCUACUCCUGCUCAAGUCCUUGUCGCCUUCAGCUUGGCCAAUGGGUUUAUCACUCUGCCCAAAUCCGUUCACGAGGAGCGUCAGAAAUCCAACCUCGAAGCUGCUGCGAUCAAGCUGACGGAUGCUCAGUUUGCCAAGCUUGCGGCGUUGGAUGAGUACCUAGUUACCUGCUGGGAUCCGAUCAAGGAUCACGCCGUGUAAGCAGGUUAUGCUGAAGUGGACAUUUCGAUGGCGUUUGCAUGGUAAUAACGCGGUUGGCAUCGAAUGCCCUGCUGAGCACAGAAACUAUAGAAGAUUUCUUCAACCUAAGAAAUUGAUAAAAAAAAAAGCAUUCCAGUUUGCAGUUGUCUUCUCCA